GCAGUGUGAACUCUAGUCGCAGGGGACGAGCUCAGCCUUGAUUGUGUGAGUUCUCAGGAGUCAGACCCCUGUCCUCUGCAGACCAGAGCCCCAUAUUACCUGAACAACAGGUCCGAGUAGAACCAUCCUCUUUACUGCAUGUCGGCCCAUUCAUUCUGUCAAGCUCUUCUUUGCUCUUGUGACUUUAAAGCACUGAAGGAAACUUCACUCGCUGUUUUAUACGCACCUGCUCCUCUCUUCCAAAGGAACCCGGAUAGUAAUCCAGAAUGAAUUCAACUGUUUUUAACGACACAGACAGUGUUUUGUUUUCCAACAGAAGCAGCGAGAGCUUUCUUUCGUGCUGUAAUUUGUCCUCGGUGGUGACGGACAGCGGGUUUGUGUCCGCGGCGCUGGACGAGCGCAGCGUGUUAAUCACGCGCACGGUGCAGAUCGCGGUCAUGUGCGUGCUGGCGCUCACCGUGGUCUUCGGCAUCUUCUUUUUAGGCUGUAACUUGCUCAUUAAGUCCGAGGGCAUGAUCAACUUUCUGGUCACGGAGAGAAGACCGUCAAAGGAUGUCGAAGCGGUCAUCGUGGGAUCGUACUAGUGCGUAAAAGUUUCAUGGUCAGAUGGGGCGUGCAUUGGUAACGUGAAACUAUCCGCAUCGACGAUAGAAGAAACAUAACAUUUAUGAUUCAGUGUUGACCGUUUCCACUGGGAAAAAGUAGUUACUGAGAAAAGUAAAGAUGAAAGUGUAUACCGUGCGACCUGGAGACUGCAAUGAAUAUAAAAUAGAUGAGAGGAAACAUCUGGACUGUUCUGCCCACCCAGUGGACCAUGAGUGAUUAAUAUCCAUGUGAUUAAUGCUUGUGAAACAAACUGCUGUUUCAGACUGCCGAGAUUUAUGUGGUGACUACUGCGUACAUUUUGAGUAAUGCUUUUAAAGUUUAAAUAAAGGUAUAAUCAUGUGUAACUAAAGCACUUCUUAACGCUGGAUGUUUAUUUCGUGCAAUAUUCAGUGACAGAUGUCUUUGCUCUGCUAACGUAUCUAAUUUACUGUUAAAUUACAUUUGGAAAUUUUUAUGUUGUCCAGCGAAACUCCGGUUUGCACUUAUUUUGUUGUAAUUUGCAUGUUUAUGGAUGAAUUAUGUGUCAUGGAUUUAUUACAAUGAGGUAAUUAUGAAACUGACAAAUGUAAUAGAUAUCUGCGUCACUGCAACCUCGAAACC